AUGACAGCUCUUCAUCUUACGAGCGCCGACAUCCCCGACCUCAGGGGGAAAGUCGUCGUGCUAACUGGCGGAGCAUCCGGCAUAGGGCUUGCAGCAGCUCGCAUCUUCGCUUCCAAAGGCGCCACGGUGCAUGUGCUCGACAGGGUCCCCAUCGAUUACCAGUUUGACAUAUUCGAAGUUCCAGGUUAUGAACUUGGUUCACAGCCAAAUGAGCUCGGUCCCUUUUCAGAGGUUUCCGUAAUUUUUCACAAGUGCAACGUGGUGGACUGGAAAGAGCUCCGGUCUGUCUUUGAGAAGGUUGGUGGAGUCGAUAUUGUCGUAGCCAACGCCGGCAUCUCGGAGGAGGCGGAUUUCUUUUCGGAUGUUUACGACUCGGAGGGGAAUCUGCAGGAGCCAGCCUACGAGGUGAUUGACGUCAACUUGAAAGCAGUGCUCAACGUCACGAAGCUGGCGCUGAACAAAUUCGCCAAGCAAAAGCCGGGAGGCAGCAUUGUGAUAACUGCGAGCGCCACCGCCUACUCGCCAGAGCAGAGCUUGCCGGUAUACAGUGCCUCCAAAGCCGCUCUUGUGGGGUUGAUUCGGGCCCUUCGUCCGUCAAUGAAGAAGUUUGGAGCCACCAUCAACGGCGUCGCACCCGCGGCCACCAUCUCCAAGCUCUUACCCAAGAAUCUUGCCGCCCCCAUCAUCCAAGCUGGCUCUCCGGUCAGCAAACGCCAAGUAGAGGCGUAUGGAAAGGAUGAUCCCAACGAGGUGCGGUCGCUGGGGCGGUGGAAUGGCCGCGUCAUUCUAACGCUCGGAGACUGCUGGACGGAGUUGGAGGAGCCUAUUGCCGCUCUGAGGCUUCAGUGGUUCGGCGAAUAUAACACUGAAAAGACGGCUUUCCAGCAAGUUCUCACAGACAUGAGUCAUUGGGUUAGGAUCCGAAGACUGAACUCGUGGGUCCUGCUUCUGGAGCCGGAGGAAACCACGAUUAUUGACUUCCAUAUUCAGCUUGUGCUAUACGGAUUGGCCACCAUCCUGUACAACCUCUACUUUCACCCGCUGGCGGCUUUCCCCGGGCCAUGGCUCGGCCGCUCAUCUCUUCUCUGGAGGUUCAUACAUACGUCAACUGGACGCGUCCACGUGGCCAUUGAGCAGCAGCAUCGCAAGUUUGGACCAAUCGUGCGCGUCUCUCCAAAUGAACUCUCGUUUGGAUCUGUGGAGUCAUGGAAAGCCAUAUAUGGGUUCAAGAAGCUCUGCAUCGGCAGCGAGCGCGACCCCUCAAAACAUGGAAACAUGCGAAAAAUGCUGUCCGCCGCGUUCUCGCAAAAGAGUCUGUUGGACCAGGAAAAGAUUGUCAGCGACAAAAUCGACCAGUUCGUCGAGAUCAUCGGCGUGAAGGGUUCGGCCGAGUCAGAUGGCAUUAACUUGACCAAGUGGUAUGAGAUGGUGUCCUUUGAUAUCCUCGGAGAAAUGGCUUUCGGAGAAUCGUUUUAUAGCCUAGAAGCUGGGAAGCCGCACUUUUGGUCCGAUCUCGUCGAAGAACACCUCUACUUCAUAACUUUACUUGAUAAUCUGAGCCGCAUCGGUGCUCUUGCCAAGGCAGCUCGAUUUCUCAUCCCGUCCAACCUGCUGGUUCGAAACAAGAACUCUCAAUAUAGCCGUGCCAAAGUGGAGAGAAUCUUGGCUAUGAAAACAACACGCAAGGACUUCAUCAGUCUGCUGGCACAAAAGGUGCGAUGUGGGGAAGUGGACAAGGAGGAAAUGACGGCUCACGUAUCGACACUCGCCAUUGCUGGCGGAGAGACUGUUUCGACGUUUCUGGCUGCAACAACGUCUUUCCUCCUCAAGAACCCAGCCACCCUCAAACGCGUUACAGACGAGAUACGGGGAUCAUUCCAGUCGUAUGAGGAUAUUACGGCCCAGGCCGCCCAGACGCUGCGCUAUUUACAGUCAGUCAUCAAUGAAGGCCUGCGUCUGUAUCCUCCUGGGUCGCAAGGGUUCCCGCGCAUCUCGCCUGGCUUUCAAAUUCAUGGCCAACACAUUCCACAAGGGGCCGAGAUAUACACCAGUGCGUGGACCGUGACGCAUGAUCCCAAACACUUUCUUGAGCCAAUGGAAUUCAAGCCGGAGCGCUGGAUGGACAAAAACAGCUCAGAUGUAAAGGAAGCAAGUCAACCAUUUUCUUUGGGACCGAGGGGAUGCCUCGGGAGAAACUUUGCGUAUAUGGAGGUCAACCUCCUUCUUGCCAAGAUGCUCUGGACAUAUGACCUUGAUCUUGUGAACGACAAGGUUGAUUUCAUCAAAGACGGCCAAGUAUUUGUCAUGUGGUGGAAGCCGGAACUAAGGGUAAGGUUUCGAAGGAGGUCUUCCAUUUCGAAUGACCGGGAGAUGUAG